UACACGCAGCAAAUAGGCGAGACUGAAAAAAGCAAGGAGAAUUCUUCAACUAGCUGCAUGGCACCCCAGUGUUACAGUACACGUUGGAGACUCUGCACAAUUCUACUAAUUGUUGCAGCAGCAUUGGUUGUGUGUGAUGCCAGAAGAUCGAGAAAGAGGCGGCUGAUACGAGCACGAGAUAGCGAAAGAAUCCCCAACUCCUACUUUGUUCACAUCAGACAGAGUGUCAGCCUGGGCGAGCUGAAAGAGCUAGUGAGAGAACUGACCAACCGAUCCAGUCAGGAAGGACCGUUCAAAGUCAGCACCUCUGCCAUAGUCACUAAAGCUGCUUACGGUUUCCCUGUAAGACUUUCUGACCUGGCACUCGACUAUGUGCGGAGAGUCCAAGCAGUGGAGUUUGUAGAAGAGGACAGUCGAGCAAUUGCAGGCUCGGCCCCUCGCAGGGUCUUCUACGCCUGGGGUCUGGACCGAAUCGAUCAGCCCAGCAACAAUCUUGACACAUACUUUCGGCCGCCUUGUAACCUCACAGGAGAGGGUGUGGAUGUGUACGUACUGGAUACUGGUAUCCACUUCUCACAUAGUCAGUUUGGUGGACGGGCUUUGCACCCCGGGUGUGAUCCCGCCGAUGUUGAGUCGCAGUCUCUGUGGCGUUUUGGAGGUCUCGGUCUCAGCAGCCACGUUGAGAACAUGACCGGGUGGGACUGCGUCGGACACGGAACACACGUGGCUGGGAUCGUUGGCGGAGUUGAUUACGGGGUGGCCCCCAAUGUGAAUCUCUUCUCUGUGAGGGUCCUCAACUGCAACUUGACGGGGUCGUGGAAUGCGAUAGUGGAGGGGUUGGACUGUGUCCUAGAGCGAGUGCAGCGACGAAAUCGGCCGGCUAUCAUCAACAUGUCUCUCUACGGAGAGAAGACGAGGGCGGUCAAGAGAGCGAUCGAGGAACUACUGCGACACAAUGUCACUGUGGUGACCAUCGCCGGGAACAGCCAGCGCCGACCGAGAGACUCGUGUCGUGUUACACCGGGCUCAGUUCGAGGAGCAAUCACUGUUGCAGCCAGCACCCGACAGGACCGCGCCUGGUCCAUGUCCAACGCAGGGCUCUGUGUCGACAUCUUUGCCCCCGGCGAACAAAUCCCUAGUGCUCACAAGAACUGCGACGACUGCAUAGACUUCAAGAGCGGGACGUCCAUGGCUGCCCCUCAUGUCACAGGUGCCAUUGCACUGCUACUGCAGCACUGCCCCAAUCUGCCGCCGUGGAAGGUCAAGCUCUAUCUCGAGCAGCACAUGGCGGUCAAGAGUAGACUCGACAUGUCACCGAUUCCAUCCAAACUCAGACUCACCACUCCGAAUCUCUUGCUCAACUUGCAUCACAACCUGUGCUCCUUGCACUGCUAG